CUGGCUCUUUCCUCCACAUCUUCCUCCCAUCCAUCCUUCUGUGAGAACUGCCAGCUUGACGUCUCCCUGCCAGCCAUGGACCCCAACUGUGGCUGCGUGAGUGGUGGUUCUUGUACCUGUGCAGGCUCCUGCAAAUGUAAAUCCUGCCGCUGCACCUCCUGCAAGAAAAGCUGCUGCUCCUGCUGCCCAGAGGGAUGUGCCAAGUGUGCCCAGGGCUGUGUCUGCAAAGCCCCCCAGACUAAGAGUUGCAGCUGCUGCCACUGAUGCUCUCACCUCCUUAUGCCUGUAAAUACAGAAAUGUGUACAGAUCUGACAUUUUAAUAUGCCAUGGGCAUGUUUUUUACUGUCUUUUUGGUCUCAAAUAUAUGAAUAGAAAUUAACUCAUUGAACAACAAUCAA